AUGCCGGACCUACCUUCAAACCAGCCAACUAGGCCGGAACUACCUUCCAACCAGACAACUAGGCCGGCACAACCUUCAAACCAGCCAACUAGGCAAGUUCCACCUUCCAUACCGCCGCGAACUAAGCCGGUCCUACUACGUUCCAACAAGCUUAUUAGGCCGGAUCUACCGUCCAACCAGCUUACUAGGCCGGAACUACCUUCCAACCAGCCAUCUGGGCCAGACCUACCAUCGGACCAGCCAACUAGGCCGGAACUACCUUCCAACCAGCCAACUAGGCUGGAACUACCUUCAAACGUGCCAACUAGGCCGGAUCUACAUUUAAACCAUCCAGCAAGACCAGAACUACCUUCCAACCAGCCAACUAAACCGGAUCUUCCUUCAAACCAGCCAACUAGGCCUGAACUACCUUCCAACAAGCUUACUAGGCCGGAACUACCUUCCAACCAGCCAACUAGGCCAGACCUACCAUCCAACCAGCCAACUAGGCCGGAACUACCUUCUAGCCAACUUACUAGGCCGGAACUACCUUCAAACCAGCCAACUAUGCCGGGCCUACCUUCAAACCAGCCAACUAGGCCGGAACUACCUUCCAGGAACUACAUUCCAACCAGCCAACUUGGCCAGAACUACCUUCCAACCAGCAAACUAGGCAAGAACUACCUUCCAAGAAGCCAACUAGGCCGGAUCUAUCUUCAAACCAGCCAACUAAGCCAAAACUACCUUCCAACCAGCCAACUAGGCAAGAACUACCUUCCAGCCAGCCAACUAGGCCGGAAACUUCCUUCCAACCAGCCAACUAGGCCUGACCUACCUUUCAGCCAACCAACUAGGCCGGAACUAUCUUCCAACCAGCCAACUAGGUCGGAAAUACCUUCCAAUCAGCCAACUAGGUCUGACCUACCUUCCAACCAGCCAACUAGGUCGGAACUACCUUCCAAUCAGCCAACUAUGUCGGAACAACCUUCCGACCAGCCAACUAGGCUGGAAUUACCUUUAGACGGGCCAUCUAUGUCGGACCUACCUUCCAACCGGCCCAUAAGGAUGGAUCUACCUUUAAACCAGCAAACCAGGCCGGAACGACGUUUCAAAAAUCAGGGACUGUCAGCAUCAAUACCAGGUUCAGGCAAUUGA